AUGGAGAAUGCAUUCACCUUUUUUCUCUCAACACUCAUUUUGCUUCACUAUGUUAUGGCUAGUUCAGCCAUGACUCAUACCAACAUUACCACUGAUCAAUUAGCUCUUCUUUCCCUAAAAUCCAAAAUCAGUUCGGACCCCCUUCACUUCUUAGAUGAAAGCUGGUCUUCAGCUACUUCUGUUUGCCAUUGGGGUGGAGUCACUUGUGGCUCUCGCCACCAGAGAGUGAAGUCCUUGAAUCUUUCCAACAUGAAUCUUACAGGAUCAAUUCCGCAUAAUUUUGGUAACCUCUCAUUUCUUGUUUCUGUUGACUUGGGAAGAAACAAUUUCUAUGGCAAUCUGCCUCAAGAAAUGGAACGCUUGCAUCGGCUUAAGUUUCUUGAUUUAAGUUCCAACAGCUUCAGCGGGGAGGUUCCUUCCUUGUUUGGGUUUUUACACCAACUUCAAGUUCUAAAUCUUGGAAAUAAUAAUUUCACUGGAUCCAUCCCUUCUUCAUUUUCUAAUAUUUCCACACUUGAGACUUUGAAUUUGAAAUUCAAUUCCAUAGAGGGUCAAAUCCCAAAAGUGAUUGGAAGUCUUAUAAACCUUAGAAAAUUAAUCUUGAAGAGUAACAAGCUGAUAAGCUCGAUUCCCCUGUCACUCUCGAAUGCCUCAAGGUUGGAGGCUUUAGAUAUAUCUGCUAAUUUACUUCAAGGAAACAUUCCAGAAGGAAUUGAAUCGAAUUCAGGAAAUCUUCCCAAUGAUUUAUUCAAUGGUCUCCCAAUACUCAAAGGGCUUUAUCUGUCUUUGAACAUGCUUCAUGGUCAUGUGCCUACAAGCUUGCAAAAUUGUUCGGAGCUUCAAGAACUGUCUUUAUCAUUUAAUGAGUUUGAUGGACCAAUACACAAUGAAAUUGGAAGAUUAACUAAUCUGCAAGGGUUGGCUCUCGGAUCUAACCAUUUCACUGGGAUAAUUCCACAAGAAAUUGGAAAUCUUGUUAAUUUGGUGAAGUUAGGCAUGGAGGGAAACCAAAUUACUGGCUCAGUCCCGAUCUCCAUAUGCAAUAUCUCCUCGCUGCAACUUCUUAUACUGUCGAGGAACAAUCUCAAGGGAUCCUUACCACAGGAGAUUGGUAACUUAACCAAGAUGCAGAAUCUCAAUCUUAUUGAUAAUACAUUUACUGGUGAAAUACCCAAAGAGAUAAGCAAUCUCGUGGAGUUGGAGCUCCUUGGUCUUGAGAAUAAUAGCUUUAGUGGUUCACUUGCAAUGGAAAUCUUCAACAUAUCAAAGCUGAGAAGGAUUAAUCUUGCAGGCAACAACCUUGUUGGGGCUAUACCUCAUUCAAUCUCCAAUUGUUCAAAACUUACUAGUUUAGAGCUUUCAGACAACAAACUCACGGGCUUGAUUCCAAGCUCACUUGGAUAUUUGACUCAUCUACAGUUCCUAAACUUGGGGGAGAACAAUUUGACCAGCGAUUCAUCAUUAAGCUUUUUGACUUCUUUAACAAACUGCAGAGACUUAACAUUUCUUUGUCUAUCUACCAACCCUCUAAAUGGUAUGCUUCCGGUCUCUAUAGGGAACUUCUCCAGUUCUCUUAUAAAGUUUUAUGUCGAUGGUUGUAAAAUCAACGGCCAAAUUCCAAAUGAAGUUGGGAACUUAAAUAGCUUAUUAAUCCUUGAUAUUUCUGGAAACAACUUGGUUGGAUCGAUUCCCACAUCAAUUGGCAACUUGAGAAAUCUUCAGGUCCUGGACUUGAGUGAAAACACUCUUACAGGAUUUAUUAGAGACAGUCUAUGUAAAUUGCAGAGAUUGGGUAACAUUUACUUUGGUCAAAAUCAACUUUCCGGAUCUCUUCCAAAUUGUUUAGGGAAUGUUACUUCCCUUAGAGAGAUACAUCUGGGUUCCAAUAAAUUGAGUUCCAACAUACCAACAAGCAUAGGGAAGCUUAAAGAUCUUGUGGUUCUUGACUUAUCGUCAAACAACAUGGGUGGCUCUUUGCCUGCAGAAAUUGGAAAUCUAAAGGCCGCGAUACAAAUGGAUCUAUCAAUGAAUCAAUUCUUAAAUGGAAUUCCUAGAGAAAUUGGACGAUUGCAAAAUCUGGUGCACCUUUCUUUGAGACACAACAAGUUGCAUGGAUCUAUACCUGACUCAAUGAGCAACAUGGUAGGUUUGGAAUUUCUAGACCUUUCUCAUAACAAUAUAUCAGGAAUCAUUCCCAAGUCUUUGGAGAAACUUCAAAAUCUCAAGUAUUUCAAUGUUUCUGUCAACAAAUUGUAUGGUGAAAUACCCUCGGGGGGUCCUUUCAAGAACUUUUCAAGUCAGUUUUUCAUCUACAAUGAAGCAUUGUGUGGUUCUCCAAAAUUUAACAUCCCGCCAUGCCCCACUUUAUCAAAGCAUAAAUCAAAUAGGAAAAAAAUGCUAGUUCUAUUUCUUUUGUUGGGAAUUGCACUUGUAUUUGCUCCUAUUACCUUUGUGUUGGUAUGGAUAAGAUAUAGAAGAGGUAAAAAAGCUCCUCAACAAGCUGAUUCAUUGUCUAUUGCAACAACAGCAAGAAUUUCAUACUAUGAAUUGCUCGAAGCAACUGAUGCGCUUAGCGAGAGUAAUCUGAUUGGUUCUGGGUGUUUUGGCUCUGUCUACAAAGGAAUUCUCAGAAGUGGCACUACUAUUGCAGUUAAAGUGUUCAAUAUGCAACUGGAAGUGUCAUUCAAGUGUUUUGAUACAGAAUGUGAAAUUUUGCGCAGCAUUCGCCAUAGGAAUCUAGUAAAAGUCAUUACUAGUUGUUCCAACCUUGAUUUUAAGGCUUUGGUGCUCGAGCAUAUGCCUAAUGGGAGUCUUGAGAAGUGUUUGUAUUCACACAACUACUUCUUAGACAUCUUGCAGAGACUAAGCAUAAUGAUAGAUGUGGCAUGUGCAUUGGAAUAUCUCCACCAUGGGUGCUCAUUUCCCGUGAUUCACUGUGAUCUGAAGCCUAGUAAUGUCUUACUGGAUGAGGAUAUGGUUGCCCACCUAAGCGACUUUGGUAUUUCAAAACUGCUUGGCGAAGAUGUGAGUGAUUUAUACACUAAAACCUUAGCAACAUUUGGUUAUAUUGCACCGGAGUAUGGACUGGAUGGGUUGGUGUCAAUAAAAUGUGAUGUCUAUAGUUACGGGAUCAUGUUGAUGGAAACGUUUACAAGGAGAAAGCCUAAUGAUGAAAUGUUCGAGGGAGACCUUAGCUUGAAGCAAUGGGUGAACAAUUCACUUCCAGAGGCAGUAAUGGAUGUUGUAGAUGCUAACUUGGUAACACCAAAUGAUAGUUACUUGAAGUUAGAUUGUGUGGCAUCGAUCAUGAAAGUGGCAUUAGCUUGUUGUGUUGAAUCUCCGGCAAGAAGGACAAACAUGAAAGAUGUUGUGGGGAUGCUACAAAAGAUCAGGAUUCAACUUCUCGCAUGUUGAACAUGUUCUUGGAAACUCUUGUUCCCAAUUACUUGUUUUGUUGCAAAUGCUUGCUAAAUUAUUGUAUCGAUGUGAAGGAUGUAUUUUUAUUUUAGCUCUUUGAAAUCCUAAUUACAAUAAAUCUUAUUAUU